CCGUUUAAAGGGGAUUUUUAUUAAGUGCCAGGCUCACUUGUAGAAGCAAGUACGACACAUUAGAAUUCAGCCUGCUCACUCUAUUAGCCCCGCGGACAAUGCAAUUCUUCGCCCUUUGUAUGGCUUUGUUCGGGGAUUUUUACAGGCAGCACUGUAUAGUUCCCAAAGGAAAAUCCGACCAAUUGAGUAGCGGGCCAAUCGUUUUCUGAUGCUGGUCGGCCGGCCCCGCCCACUAGCCGCAUUUGCAUAAAACAAUGAAGAAAGCGCUUGGUUAGCGGAGCGUCUGAUCAGUGUGUCCCUCCUGUGAGAGGCUGCGGGAGUGUGCGGCUGUUCUGGAUUCCUGUUGUUUGGCUGCAACCUGAGAGACGCGUAUCCAGGGCUGUUCUAUCUUUCUAUCUGUCUGUAGAGACACAGCAAUUAACAAUACAUUGUCUUUGACUUCUCAUCAUCAUCAUCAUGUGCCACAGGUCGUGCUGCCUCCUUGUUGCCUUGCUGCUGGCAUGGGACUGCAUGCAUUCAGUGAGAGCCUUGUUUCCCUUUGGGCAGCCCGAGUUUUCUUACAAGAGGAGCAAUUGCAAGCCUAUCCCUGCCACCUUGGUGCUGUGCCAUGACAUUGAGUACCCCAACAUGAGGCUGCCCAAUCUGCUGGGCCACGAGAGCAUGAAAGAGGUGCUGCAGCAGGCCUCCUCCUGGAUCCCCUUGGUGCAGAAGCAGUGCCACCAGGACACCAAGAAGUUCCUGUGCUCCCUCUUUGCCCCGGUGUGUAUUGAUGACCUGGACGAGACCAUCAAGCCGUGCCGCUCUCUGUGCGAACAGGUGAAGGACAGCUGCGCCCCUGUCAUGUCUGCAUUUGGUUUCCCCUGGCCCGAUAUGCUGGAGUGCAGUCGUUUCCCUCAGGACAAUGACCUGUGCAUCCCCCCGGCCAGUAACGAGCACGUUGUACCGGUAACCAGAGAGGCGCCAAAAGUUUGUGAUGCCUGUAAAAACAGCAAUGAGGAUGACAAUGACAUAGUAGAAAACCUCUGCAGAAAUGAUUUCGCCUUGAAGAUAAAAGUGAAAGAGAUCGCCUACAUCAAUGGGGACACCAAAAUCAUUCCAGAGACAAAGGGCAAAACCAUCUACAAGCUGAAUGGAGUGACAGAAAGGGAUCUGAAGAAAACUGUACUGUGGCUUAAAGAUGGCCUGCAGUGUACCUGUGAUGAGAUGAAUGACAUCAACGCUCCCUAUUUAGUGAUGGGACAAAAGCUCGGGGGGGAACUGGUCAUCACCUCUGUCAAGCGGUGGCAGAAAGGCCAACGGGAGUUUAAACGGAUCACUCGCAGCAUCCGCAAGCUUCAGUGCUAGUGGUCUCAUUCACCGGCUCAGCCAGCACUGGGGCUAGUCUAUUUGCACCUUCUUCCGUUUUUGGGAACCCAUCCUUUCUGAAUGUAACAAAAAGGGUGGGGCAAUUGCUUUUUUAUUAUAAUUAUUGAUUAAAAAUCCUUGUAAAUAUAAUUAAAAUAUAAAAAAAAGAUCGAAUAUUUUAUAAAGCCCUUGAUUGAAAAACUAGAUAGUUUUUUUUUUUUUUUUUUUUACUGGGUGCAAACUCUGAACUUUUAUUUCCAUUCACAAGUAAUAGACUUUUUUUAUAAUCCAGUUAUACAUUUUCAACCGUUUCUACAAAUAUGAGCUUACAAUAAAUCUGUGUGGGGUUUUUUAGCUUUUUUUUUUUUUUACUUUUUUGUAUGGACUGCAAGAAAAAAUGGAGGUUUGUUAUUUUUAUGCUGAAAAUGAAUGAUUUUUCCCCCUACUGUGCUGAUUAUUUUGAUAAAAUUGAACACAUACCAACUAUUCUAUUAAGAGGUAGAUUUAAACUCCCCCUGCUGCUGUUCUGGGGCACCCUGUGAUUUGCAGAGCCUAGCAUGUUGGGUAGAAAUUAUAGGGCUCACAGCCUUGCACCCAUAGAUGUUCCUGCUUGUGCCUGUGGAAUUGCAAGCUACUACUUGCCAAUCACUAUAAGGCAUAGAUCUACAAGAAUUGUAUUGUGGGUAAAAAUAUGGGGUUUUGUGCCUCUCUUUUGCACUUUGCACCCGGUAGCCUCUUAGUAAAUUAGCCUCAAGUGUUACCGUAAAUGACCAGCUUUUCAUUGAAAGACACCUAAUACUAUUUCAAAGAAAUGCUGAUAUUUUAUGCAAAGGAGUCAGUUUGUUUUACUAAAUCUGAAAAUCAGUAAACGAUUCUAUGAAGUAUUUGGUUUCUGCAUUUUUUUUAUAUGGCCAAAAAAUAUACAAAUGGUCUCAGUGAAAAUAUGAACUCCUCUAGUGAAAAUAAAACACAACUACCAUUGUAUUAUAUUUUGGCUAUACUGUCAGCUGAUUGCAGAAAGCUGUUUAUGAAAGGUAACAAUGUUUAAACAGAAUAUAUGUAAGCGGGGCUUCCUUGCUUGCUUAUAAAGUGUACUCACAUUGCUGUACAAAAUGUUAUUUUGGGGGUGUACUCUCCAGUAUAAAUGAAUUUACAACAGUUAAGUGAUUUCAGAUUUAUUUGUAAACGUCCUGUUCUCUUCACUGCUAAUUCUGUCUUAAAACCAACAGACCUGGUGAGGCAACAUGCAUGGCAUUGUGGGAAUUGGGACAGAAAACCCUACUUUCCCUUGCAAUUACAUUUACAAAUUGCAAGGGAAACAAAACAUACAAAGCUUACACAUCAUCACUACAGCCACUUACUCACAACUUUCUCCUACAAUCAGGUUAUUCAAACUGCAACCAGCUUGGAAAUCAUCAUGGCUAGUAUCCUGCACAACACCUCUAAAUUCUGCCUUCUCUGUGACUGGACUCAUUAUGGGACUCACUGUUCAUGUUGUAGGUAUGUCCUUCAAUUCUAGGGAUAAGGCACAUCAUAUUCCACCCAACAAAACCCUCUAAAACCACAACCCCCACCCUGAGACACCACAUCUGACCAUUCUCCUUUUAUCACGUCUACCACCCAGCAUUCCUUAGGAACAGAAAUAUGGACAGCGUAAUUAGUAGCCCAUUUGCUAUGAUCACUGAAGUCACUGCAAACAGCAUAAGCCUCGUAAAAUGCACCCAUCCUCCUCAAACAAAAUAGUAUUAAACUGCAGUGUAAGGUUUAUAGGUGUAUAUUCCAGCAAUGAGCGUACAAAAUGUUUUCUAAGGCAAAAAUCGUCAGUUGUGAACAAAAAAUAUCAUUAUGGCACGGAGAGCCUGACUGUCUAACAGGAGAACCUGUUUGCAAGCUUUUAAUAUUUGCCAUUUUAAUUAGAAAUGUAAUCAUCUAUCUCCAACCUGUAUGUAAGGAUGCAUUGAGCUUUCUAAUAAAGUUGUAAAAUACA